GAAAUUAUCGAUCACGAUAAAUCCCGCCUUUGCCGCUUUAAGAAAUCCACCCCUGGUUCGGGUGGCUUCCAAUUUGUUUGUUUACUAUUAUUAAUAAAAUAACAAGCUUCCUCUGAGUGACAAUCCAUUAUGAGCGCCUCCAAAAAAAGCGAGUACAAGACCCCACGGAAACGAAACUUGAAAUCCAUCGAAAACCUCACUAAUUCGGAUGAUUCUGCUGCGGACUUGGAUACGGCCCGAAUCGGAGAUAUGGAUGAAAACAAUGCCAAACCUAAAACUCGACGGUCCACACGGCGUCCUAGUCCCACCAAGAAGUAUCAGGCUUACCAAAUGGAAAACCAAGGAAAACCCCAAGAGGAGCAUAUUGUGGUGAACUAUGUGGAGAUCUCGGACGACGAGCCUGACAAUCUCGAUGAAGAGGAGGAGGAGCAGGAGGAUUCGCUGGCGGAUGCGGAGAAUGCAGCCAGACCCACAAGCAAAGAUAUCAAUCUUAUCCAAUCAGAGUACAAUGUGGCAGGGACCAGUAUGUUUGGCUUCAACACGCCCAAAAAACGCGAUGGCAUGGCUCUGGCUGCCUUAAAUGCCACACCUAGGACUCCAAAGACUCCCAAGACGCCUCGGUUGGGAGUGAAAACGCCAGAGAGCAAGCGCACAAAGUCCCUGGAUUUGCCAAAGACACCUGCCCAUGUGCGCACCCGUAUCAGAAAGCAGAUGGCGAAGAUGGUUGAGUCUGAUGAAGACUUCUCCGGAGACGAGAGCGACUUCCAGCCGAGCGAUGAGGAAUCGCCAAGCAGUAGUAGCAGUGAUGGUGGGGAGGACGAUACCUCGGACAACGAUGCUGCCGAUGAUGAGCCCAAGACCCCGGGCAAGGCCCGACGUGCCAUUGUGGUGCCGGUGUUGCCAAAAACCCCUUCGGCAGCCCGUCUCCGUCAGUCGGCGCGAACCAAGAAGUCCAACGAAUAUGUUCCAGAAAGCGACGGCUACUUCCAUUCCCACGCCAGCAGCAAAAUCCUCACGUCCGAUCACACGCUGGAUCGUCUCAAGAAUCCUCGCUUGGCCGCCGAUCGCCUGUUUAGCUUGCUGGCAGAAAUGAAGCUUUCCUCCGAGCACGAGACCUCCAUAAAUGCCAUCAUGGAGGAGUAUCGCUCCUACUUUCCCAAGUGGAGGUGUAUUCUAAAUGAGGGAUUCAAUAUAUUGCUGUAUGGACUCGGUUCCAAACGUCAGCUCCUGCAAUCCUUUCACCAGGAAGUCCUAUCCCAACAGACCGUUUUGGUGGUCAAUGGAUUUUUUCCCAGUCUCACAUUGAAGGAUGUGCUGGAUAGCAUCAUUGGGGAAAUACUGGACGCCGGCGUCAGUCCUGCUAAUCCCCAUGAAGCCGUGGACAUGAUCGAAGAGGAGUUUGCUCUUAUACCAGAGACUCAUUUGUUUCUGAUAGUCCACAACCUAGAUGGCUCCAUGCUGCGGAAUGUGAAAGCUCAGGCUAUAUUGUCUAGGCUGGCAAGGGUUUCGAAUAUUCAUCUCUUGGCUUCUAUCGAUCAUAUCAAUACCCCACUACUUUGGGAUCAAGGAAAGCUGAGCAGCUUUAACUUUUCCUGGUGGGAUUGCACCACCAUGCUGCCGUACACGGAUGAAACUGCUUUUGAAAACUCGCUGCUGGUGCAGAACUCUGGCGAACUGGCCCUGUCGUCUAUGCGUAGUGUCUUCUCCUCCCUGACCACCAAUUCCCGAGGCAUCUACAUGCUAAUUGUAAAAUAUCAACUGAAGAACAAGGGGAACGCAACAUACCAGGGCAUGCCGUUCAAGGACCUCUAUUCCAGCUGCCGCGAAGCCUUCUUGGUGAGUUCAGAUCUCGCCCUGCGCGCCCAGCUGACCGAGUUCCUUGAUCAUAAACUGGUUAAGUCUAAGCGUAGUGUGGAUGGAUCUGAACAGCUCACCAUUCCGAUAGAUAAUGGACUGUUGCAGCAGUUCCUCGAGGAGCAGGAUAAGAAAUAAGAGAGGCCGGCGAGUGGAUGUUUUGUUUUUAGAACAUAUUCAUUUAUUAUCUAAUAUUGUUAAAUACAAUUACAAUUUCGCUUUUUAAAAA